GCUGCAUUAGCAGCAGCGGCGGCGGCGGCGGCGGCAGCAGCCCCAGCCAUGGCGGAAGUUCAUAGACGUCAGCAUGCUCGGGUUAAAGGAGAAGCCCCCGCUAGAUCCUCCACUGCCAGAGAUGAGGAGGAGCUGGGGAUGGCGUCGGCCGAAACGCUGACCUUGUUCCUGAAGCUGCUGGCCGCCGGCUUUUACGGCGUGAGCUCCUUUCUCAUCGUCGUGGUGAACAAGAGCGUGCUCACCAGCUACAGAUUUCCUUCCUCACUAUGUGUUGGACUUGGCCAGAUGCUGGCGACAGUGAUCGUCCUCUGGGUGGGAAAGGCGCUCAGGGUAGUAAAGUUUCCUGACUUUGACAGAAAUAUACCUCGGAAGACAUUUCCACUACCUCUACUGUAUUUUGGGAACCAAAUCACAGGACUGUUCAGCACAAAGAAACUGAACUUGCCAAUGUUUACAGUCUUGAGAAGGUUCUCCAUUUUGUUUACAAUGAUUGCUGAAGGAGUAUUACUCAAGAAGACCUUUUCUUGGGGUAUUAAAAUGACCGUUUUUGCGAUGAUCAUUGGAGCAUUUGUAGCUGCAAGCUCUGACCUGGCCUUUGACUUGGAAGGAUAUGUUUUCAUCCUGGUGAAUGACGUCCUGACAGCUGCCAAUGGCGCGUACGUGAAGCAGAAACUCGAUUCCAAGGAGCUGGGGAAGUAUGGCCUGCUCUACUACAAUGCACUGUUCAUGAUCCUUCCCACCGUGGCCAUCGCCUACUUCACAGGAGAUGCACAGAAGGCAAUAGAGUAUGACGGCUGGACUGACACCUUGUUCCUUCUACAGUUCACAUUGUCCUGUGUGAUGGGGUUCAUCUUGAUGUACGCCACGGUGCUCUGUACACAGUAUAACUCCGCUCUGACGACCACCAUAGUUGGCUGUAUUAAGAAUAUUUUAAUAACUUAUAUUGGAAUGGUCUUUGGUGGAGACUAUAUUUUCACAUGGACCAAUUUCAUUGGGUUAAAUAUCAGUAUUGCUGGGAGCCUGGUGUACUCCUACAUCACUUUCACAGAAGAGCAGCUGAGCAAACAGUCAGAGACAAGCAGCAAACUGGACGUUAAAGGGAAAGGCGCCGUGUGAGCCGGCUCAUCCACCAUGAGCGGUCAACCCUGCACGCGGGCAGUGCCAACGGAGACCUGCUGUAACGGCUGGGGUGUCUUGCUUCUAGUGAGCUCUCGGUCCUGGGGCCCUUGUCCAAUCCGAAGAUUGCUGCCUUUUUAAAUUUUGAUGAUGAGAGAAUCUUAUAAUUGAUUCUAUUUUAAAUCUGCAGUUUGCAUUAAUUUAUACUGGACUGGAAGAUGACGUAUCUGGCUUUUAAUUUAUUGUUUUCCUCUCCACCAACCAUGGGACUCCAUGUUGUUCUUUGGGCAUCUGUGUCCCCAGCAAGUGGCAUCCAGCCUCCUUCUCCUCUCCCUGCAGACGGGGUCACUGCGGUCAGACCUUUUGCUAGGCUGAGAGUGUCUGUCUUGUGGAAGCAGUGUGCCCCCUUUACUGCUGCUGAGUGCAGCUGGGCAUGACAACGCAGGGCAUUCUGAUAGGUCCUCUCUCAGAAUUCUCCUUCUUCACUUUCUGUUUCCCACUUUGAGGGCCUGGUCACUACAUUCUCAAUUUCUUGCUGUCUUCAAAGGAUGAUCUUUUUCUACAGAGAGAGACAACACACGUGUGGCAUCUGGGAUGGCUUGCAUCCCAAAGCUCUUUGAUGUCGUGAGUGUGGGGAGAAUAACGCUUUUGGUUUUUAAACCCUUCAUUUGAGAUGCUCCAUGGAAAUGAGGCUGGAAUGGGAGACAUACUUCAGGUUAGCCCUGGAAGAAGUUGGCCGUGUUCCUGGUCUGGCAAACCCAGGUUAUUGUAAGUAACUUCGAAGCAGACACCCCCCUCCCCCAAGUGGGAACACAGUCAGAUCAAGCCCAUCCCCUUAUCUUGUUAAGUGGGAGUGGGAAGUACACAGGCAUCUCCUGCUUCCCCUAAACUCAUCUGGCUCCUUUCCUCUCUCUCCACUUCUAGGCUUGGCUACCAUUCCCUUUUUGCAUCCCUUGCCUUGGGGUUUUUCACUUUAUUCCCCUUAUCAGAAUCCCCUGUUUCUAAUUUCUUAUGAUUUGAGGGGAAAGAUGGUUGGAAUCUAUUCCCUGGAGGCGUCCGCCAGAAGCAUGGCUCCAUCUCUCUGAUGAAAUGCAUCAUGGCCAGUGUAGCAUCAGGGCAUCUUGGUUACUCUUGUCUCUGCAGACUCCAAGCUAAGAAUGGCUUUUACAUUUUAAAAUGCAAUAAAAUUUUUAAAUUUCAAAUUAAAUUUUAAAAUCCAAUAAGGACAUUUAAAAACCAUUCUUAACUUGCGGGCUGUACAAAAACAAGCACAUGGUGGGUAGUGAGUGCUUCACCCGAUCUCUGACCUAGGUUCCAGGCCUUGCUGUGAUAUAUCUACCUGUCAGACUGUGGGCCAGUUACUUCUCUCUUGGGGCCUCGCUUUCUUCAUCUCUGAAAUGAGGGAGGUGGGUGAGGUGCUUGCUGAGGUUUUUUCCAACUGUCAGUGAAGGAUUUGAAGAGGCUGAGAUGUGGUGAAGCCGCUCUUCCUUUCGGGUCAGCCAGCUGUGAGACUCCUUGGUGUCUCAUUACCAGGAUUUGGCCCCCCUUCUCUUCCUGAUACCACCUGAGUCAUGCUCGAAAUCUCUGGAGCAGUGGCUUGAAACAGACACCUGUCUUAGUGAGCUUCACCGUCCUCUUCAACCUCAGAGAUGCUGGCUCCUUAACCUAUAAAGGAAGGUACCAUUUUCUAUAGCUGGAUGGAAUGAGCCUGUGGCCUACUGGUAAAUGGAUUUUCUCCUUAUGCAUUUGGGGUCUCCUUCAGUUUUAACAACUGGGCAGCUGACCCAUUUUACAAGCUUCUAGAUUUUAGGAAAAGCUUGGGAAGAUUACUGGAUCUGUAACUAGAGGACCUGGAUUUUCUGCUUAAUACCUGUGUGAUCUUGGGCAAAUCACUUCUCUGGGCCUCAGUUUCCUCAUCUUCAAAAUGGCAGGGUUGGACUAGAUGACCUGAAAGAGUCCUUCCUUCUUUAAAUCUGAAGAUUCUGUGAGCUUGGUGCAUUUCCAGAGAAAGGAAACCAAGAUGGUGGUGGGAUUGGAGAGUAUGCCGUAUGAGGAACAGUUUAAAAAAAUGGAAGUUUCAUCUUGGUGAAGAGAAUGAGGGAGAGAAUGUGACAGCCAUCUUCAAGUAUUUGAGGGUGGAAGAUGCAGGAAGGCAGGCUUUGACUUAAUGUAAGUAAACUCUUCCUAAUAAUUAGAGCCCCCCCUCCCCCAGAGUGGAAUGAGCUGCCUUAAGAUGCUACAGGUCCCCUGACCUGGAAGGACUCUAGGGGAAGGCUGGAUUUCUCAUCUUCAGAGACGAUGCAUGAGGAUUCUGGUCCAGGUAUGGGUCAGCCUGAGUGACCUUUGUGAGCCUGUCCAAUUCUGAGAUUCUGUGAUUUACCUUACUGUCUGAGGUGAUUUAUAGAAAAGGGCCUCAGGCCUCCCUUCUUUCUAAGAAUAGAAAUACUCUAGCAGGAGGAGGAAAGGAGGAUGGGGGAGGGAGAAGAAAAAAGAGAAGGCUUGGGAGUUGGGGGGUGGUAAUGUGUAUCCUUGGAGGCUAGGCCCUCAAUGGAACAGGGUAGUAAUAGUCAUGAUGGCUGGCUUUUCUAUAGCAUUUUAAGGUCUGCCCAGCACUCCACAUCCAGUAAUCUCAUUUGAGCCUCCUAACAAUGCUGCUCCCGGAGGCAGGUGCUGUUCUUACCCCCAUUUUAUACAUGUGGAGACUUAAGCUCGGGCUCCUGGUCAGGAGUUUCCCAGCUCAGAAGGGUCACAGGCCUUUCUGUGCCCUAUCGGCUUCAUGCCACACUCUGGCUACUGGACCCUCGCUUAGUAGCAGUCAACAAGUCUCUGUUGACAUUGGGCUCAUGUUUGACCACUGGCCACCAUUGGCUAGUUUUGUGGGAACAUAGCAAGGUCAAUACCUGCAUUUCAGUUCUGAUUUAUUCAAAGAUCUUUGUUCCCACUGCUCCCUUCUGUGACCAACAUGAAUAGCAAUAGGAAGGGGGUGGGGCACAUGGAUUAAAUUAUUAUGUGCAAAUUUGGGUCAUUUUCCUAGGGUAAUAACUUAGGGAAUGGGAAGUAUCAGAACUGAAAAUAUAUGUGCCUUCUAGAAUGUCUAGAUUAUAGCCCAACACUAGACCUAUCAUAUUAUGACUUGUUAACUUACUCCUUUAGCAGGUAGAAGCCUUACUAAAUUUUAACAAGUGGGAAACUGAGGCACAAAGCUGGCCAGGGACCUGUACCAGCCUACGGUGAGCUGUGGGCAGAGCUCGGAACUUCUGAGCCAAUCACUGUAACCAAUGGACAGGGUCGAUCUGAUUUUGAUUAAACUUGCGUCAGCCGUCAGGGGUCGGGGUGCUCUGCAUGUAUGGAACAGAGGCCAUUUUCAGUUGCCUUUCCGUGCUAAUCACCUAAUUCAGGGUGAGCUGCUUAAAGUCACAGAAUCACAGAGUUGGAAAAGGCCUCAGCGGCCCUUUAGAGUCCAGCUGUCCAUCGUCUGGUCUCCUGAGCAGUGGCCUUCUCCCAUCUUUGGGCGUCCUCUGGUGGCCAUUUGCCAAGAAUGCCCCAAAUGCAUGACAGCAACAGACUCAACUUGUUUCCAUUAUAACUAUCAUACUUAGAAUUCGCCAUCAGCCUCCUUCCCUCCUUCCCUCCUGCUGGUCUUCAGGACUGUGUGGUAUCCAUCUCCUAUUACUAACCUACGUGUCCUUUUCAAAACUGGUUGCUUCAUAGUGAGUUCCUUGUGUGGCCACAUCAGUGUCUUUAGGAAACUGGAUUGGGGCCCCCCACCUGUUUUUCCUCCACAUGUCUGUGUCUUCAGAACUCCAUUCUCGAGAGUUCCCUAUCCUUCCUAACGUAGAAUUUCAGAUUAUGGUUACCUCUGUGCGCUUUCACUGAGACCUUUGAGUAUUCAACUAAGUGUAGAUUAAAGAUAAGCCUGAUUCUGUGGCCCCUCUAUAGACCCUUCCCGUUCAGUAAUUUGCAGAUGUUCUGGUCAGUGGGAGCUUGGCUUUUCUUUGAACUUCAGCUGUGCUUGGUGCCCUGAGAUGGUUACCCUGAGUUUUGGGUGGGCGGGGCACAAAAUGGCCUCUGGCACUUUAAAGGAGCCAGUUAUGGGUAGGAGAGAACAGUUUAUGUAGAUGUUAUUCACCAAGAUGGGGAUAGGUUAGCCUAUCCUGGCCAUGCUCCACUGGAGCCCAUAUAAUUGACCGACACCCUGGCACCUAGAAAGGGAAGUUAUUCAAACACCUUCAGAGGUGGGCAGCCUGGUGUAAGCCCCGCCUACAGAAUCCGUAAUAACGGCUCAUGUUUAUAGAGUUUUAAGGUUUGCAAAGUGCUUCAUGUAUAUUAUCCCUUUUGGUCCUUACAACUCUGAGGUAGACAUCCCUUCUUUAUCGAUGAGGAAACUGAGGUUGGGAGAUGAAGGGAUUGUUCCAGGGUCACACAGUUAGUGCAAGGCAGAAUUUGACUUCAGGUCCAGGGCUCUGUCCAUUACUCUAAGCUGCUUUUUUAAAGGGGACACCAGAAAAAAGUCCUAAGGACUCCCUGGGGUGGUCUCAGGGCCCAAAGCCCACCAGCCUCACUCAGUACAAUCUGAAGCCUGGAUUCCCCAGAGCAGAAGUGGUUUGAAUCUGUAGCGCUCAAGAUGUAGACUAAUUCAUAUGGAGACUGGCUCUGCUUUUCUCUACCCGUUUGGGAGCAUAACCUGGUACAUGCUUGGCAAUCAUUUGGACAGAGGUAGACUAACCAGCAUGGGCUUGGGAGUGGGAAGCUUUUCAGGGUGGACACUGGGGGUCUGGUUCCCUGCUCUUGUAAUUGUGUUGUAACCCUGCCUGCUACAUUCUGGCAGGUCAGGAAUUUGUGUCACUUUACGUUUCUAAGGAUUCUUGCAAUGUUAUCUUUGUCCUUAAAGGAAUCGCUAGUUAGAUUUGUCAUCCCUGAAAAAUGUUUUUCAAGAUGACUUUCUUCUUAAAUAGAUGCCUCUUUCAGUGCCAGAAACCAGAUGGUAUUGUCUACACUGGGAAAGUGAAUAAAAUGGAUGCCAUCAUAUGUUUUCUAUGCUGUUGAUCUCCUGGAAAUAUUUUUUUCAAUAUAGAUUCUAUUUACAAAAAUGACCAUUUUUGUGUUUAAAAAAAAAAAAAAGGUAC